GCUAAUCCAAAACUUUAACUAACUUUAACAUCAAAAGAGUUGUCAAGAAGCAAAACAAGGAUGCGUCUUUUACUGCUGUUGGGAGUUUUCGCCUUUGCGUUGGUGUCCAUUUAUAAGGUUGAUUCUGCUACUACGACCACAACUGAUGCAACAACAACCACGACCACUACCACUACUACAGCGUCAUCUUCAAAGACAUGUACCAACUCGUGCCGUCGUGUUCGUAAACCAGUUUGUGCUAGGGUUAGAGGCGUUAAACGAACAUUCCUUAAUCUCUGCUUCAUGAAAGCCGCUAAGCGUUGUGCACGCAUAAAGAAUAAAGGGAGUGUAGUCUUUUUGCAUCGAAAUGCUUGUCGUCGAGUAGUUCGUAUACGCCGGCGUCGUAUCGGAAACAGGCGUGGUAGAGUUAACAGGCGUCGUAGAGCUAACAGGCUGCGCCGAAGAUUGGUAUGA